AUGACGUACCCUUAUAUUAUCACAGAGCAUGUUAUGGACGCGCAAUUCAUGAGAGAGUAUCCUCGAGCCACAGCCAACCAAGAUACUCCGCUAAAACUCUGCAUUAAACAAUAUAUUCCCAUAGACAACCCUCAUCCCAAGAAUGGCGACCUUACAAUCGUUGCUGCGCACGGUACUGGUUUUGCUAAGGAACUCUAUGAACCCCUGUGGGAAGACCUUCAUGCCAGGAGCAAAAAGGAAGGAUUCAACAUCGGCUCAAUUUGGAUUGCUGAUGCCACAAAUCAAGGUGUCAGCGGUGUCAUUAACGAAGUCGGUUUGGGUAAUGACCCGUCGGCGUUUGAUCAUAGCCGGGAUCUUCUUCUCAUGAUGAAUCAUUUCCUUCACAAGAUGACCCGGCCCAUUAUGGGAGUCGGCCACAGUUUGGGUGCAACACAACUCGUUUUUCUUUCUCUCAUGCAUCCCCGGAUACUCCAAUCCCUUAUGCUCAUCGAGCCUUACAUUAUCGAGAAAAACACUGACGCAGACGCUCCGCUUCUUGUUCACCUCACCAAGCACAAGCAAGAUGUUUGGCCCUCACGGGCCGCAGCGGAAGAGAAAGCUCGGCAAUAUCUGCGUUCGUGGGAUUCGCGGGUCCUCGAACGCUGGUUCCAGUGGGGCUAUCGGGAACUUCCCACAGCCCUCUAUCCCAAGGACGGCGCACAUAAUUCCGAGACGCCAGUUACUUUGACAACAACCAAGUUCCAGGAGGCAAUGACCUAUGCCCGUGCGAACCCAUACCGGCAUAAAGAACUGGGACUACAAAAUGAAAACAACGGCGAGCGUCUUGCAGCGCCACCUCAUGAUCCACUGUUCUUCCCGGACGUGAUGGCCGGCUUGCCACCUGGCCAACAGGCAUACCGACCUGAACCCAUUGUGGCUGGAAAAUUGCUGCCACACCUUCGUCCUUCCGCGCUAUUUCUGAGUGGGGCAUCGAGCCCUCUAUAUAAGUGUGGACUUCAUACUACCAUGGCAGAAAGAACUGGGGGUAGUAUUGGGGGAAGUGGAGGUGUGCGGUACGGUCGCGUCCGACAUUUGUGGGUUGAGGGUGCUGGCCAUGCUCUGCCUCUGGAGAAAGUGGAUUUGACGGCCAGCAUCUUAGGUGAAUGGAUUCAGACAGAAAUGGAGCGAUGGACGACUGAUGAACAUCGCAUUGCCACAGGGUGGGAAGAUUUGUCCCCGGCAGAGAGGUCUCGGUUCACCAAGGAGUGGGAGAAAGUGAUGGCAGAGUCAUUGGCCUUCCUGCGCAAUACUAAAGGUGCUAAAUUAUAG